UAAUUUCAGAUAUCGGCAUUGUCCAACGCCGAUCCAUCGCCGAAUUUCUCCGAUCGCGAUCAUCGCCGACGACUCAUCGAUUUUCCCACGAGCGAAUCGAGGAGUGUUCAUUGCUCUUCCCGAAUCAAUCGGCCUUCGAUUUCCUCUCCCAUUCCAUCUCUGUUUUUUUGCAGCUAUGCAGCAAUGAGAGAGAAGAAUUCCGCCGCUGCCUCGAGUCUUAGACGGAUUUUAGCUACUUGUGCGAAGCAGAUCCUGUUGUUAUCUGACUAAAGGGUCAAUUUAUCAUAGGCCAAAGAAUAUGGGAGCUGUGUUGCUUCCAAAGUCCCUGAAGUUGAGAAAGACAUGUGCUUGAAAGAGUUUCUUGCCUUGAAGACUUGUAUGCAGCAUACGCUCCAACGAAAGGCUUGAAUCUCAACCAUUUCUCUUCACUUGACUGUCCUAAGAAGCAUCUAUCUACACCGAUUGAAGAGUAAAAAAUAGAAGUGGAAACAUGGCUAACAAUCCGUCGAGUUCACAGGCAGGCGUCUGCUCAGGUGGAUCUGGUACUUUGUCACACGUGUAUAUACAACAUCCACCUCUAUGUGGCAAUAUUCCUGGAUCCAGGGGGUGGUUCUAUGAUGAUGCCAACAGGCUGCUAAUUUCUACUACACCUAGUCAGGUCUUUUCAUGGAAAACAGCCCCCUUUGAUCCCAACGUUGUACCUUCAGAAGAUUCUAUAAGUGAAGGGCCUAUAUUGUCUAUCCGGUUCUCACUUGAUCUAAAGUUGAUAGCUGUCCAAAGAUCUGACAGUGAGAUACAGUUUUUCAAUCGAGAAACCAAGCAGAUAUAUAGCCACAAAUGCAAAGUUGGGUCAGAGAGCAUUCUGGGAUUCCUUUGGAGUGACUGUCCUUUGUGUGAUAUCGCAAUUGUGAAGACCAGUGGUCUGGACUUGUUUGUUUGUGAUUCUACGUCAAUGACACUCCGUUUGGUGGAAACCAAGAAACAGAACGUGAGUUGGUUCAUCUACACUCAUGAAACCCGACUUGUUCUUCUUGCCUCUGGAGUGCAGUGCAAGACAUUUACUGGGUUUCAGCUUUCCUCUGCGGGGAUUGUCCGUCUGCCAAGGUUUGAGAUGGCCAUGGCUAAAUCUGAGGCAAACAGUAAACCUGUUCUCUCUUCUAAAGAUGUCCACCUAGUGACUGUAUAUGGGCGGAUAUACUGCUUACAAGUGGAUAGAGCUGCAAUGCUUCUCCACUUAUAUAGGUUUUACCGAGAUGCAGUCAUACAACAGGGUUCUUUACCAAUAUAUUCAAGCAAAUUAGCAGUGAGCAUGGUUGACAAUGUAUUGCUCGUGCACCAAAUUGAAGCAAAGGUUGUUAUAAUUUACGAUUUAUUUGUGGAUUCUCGAGCUCCUGUCUCUGCUCCCCUUCCUUUGCUGCUGAGGGGUUCCCCAAGGUCUGGCAUCAUGUCUCAAGCUGCUGAUGAGGAAAACGAGGGCUCAGAGACAACUACUAGUGCUGAAGAUAUUGUCAUGUAUGAAGAUGGUUGGACCUUUCUUGUUCCAGACCUCAUUCUCGAUCGGACAAACAGCGUUCUGUGGAAGAUCCAUUUAGACGUCGAGGCUAUUUCUGCUAGCACCUCAGAAGUGGCAUCUCUACUGGAAUUCCUUCAGCGAAGGAAAUUGGAAGCAAAUAAGGCUAAGCAACUGUGCUUUGGGAUAGCAAGAACUAUUAUUUUAGAACGCAGACCCGUAACCUUGGUUUCCCGUGCAAUAGAAGUACUGGUCACAUCAUACUCCAAUGCUGUUAGAACUGGCACAUACAAGAAUGAGAAGACCACCAUGUCAUCUACCCCAAACACUGUUGCUCCUCAAUCUAGAGCGGAUGCUUCUUCUGAUAAUGAAAGGCAUACAUCAUCUGGAAGUAACAUCGACGAAGCGGAAAUGAACCUGUCAUCUGGCUCAAAGGAUAACAUGUUUUGUGCCAAUAUCUCUGAGCAGCAAGAAUCUCAACUUACGUCACCAGCCAUUUCACCAGAUGAAUUGUACAAAUUUGUUUUUGCUUCUCUGGAUGAAGUGAUGGCGGAGGAAUCUGAUUACUUGGUUGCUAUUAUUACAGAGUUCCUUCGCAGUGCUGGUUCAGAAAAACUCAAAGUACCUCCUGAUGUGUAUGUGAUGACCAUCAAGCUAUUAGCCCACAGCAAACGACAUACAGAACUGGCGAUAUUCAUCACGAACAAGAUAAUCGAGCCCUCGAAGGAGGUUGCCUUCCAACUUCUCGAAUCGGGUUGCCAAAACUCUCAGAUUAGGAAACUCGGUCUAGAUAUGUUGAGACAACUUUCCCUGCAGCAAGAUUACAUCUUGUGUCUUGUGCAAGAUGGAUAUUACCUCGAAGCUCUACGCUACGCACAGAAGCACAAGGUGAGGACUGUGCCGCCAUUGUUGUUUCUAGAAGCAGCAUAUGCAGCUAAUGACAUGCAGCACCUGGCUUCAAUCUUGAGGGUAUUGUCGGAACUUGUUCCUGGCUUUCAGGGCACUUCAGAGUAUUACACAUACUCCAGUCUUCUCGGUGAAAUGAGUUCUUCAGUUGCUGUCUGAGAAAUUUUUCAUUGUUUGCUUUGUGUGUGUCUCAGCGAGGGAAAUAAAUUAGAAAUGUGCUUAUGGAUCUCUUGCAUUGAUAAGAUUUAAGAUCAGAUUGAUGUUAAUGUAAGUGUAUGAUAAGUAAUUAAGUCACUUUCAUCACUCGGUUAUAUAUAUUAUUUAAUCUUUA